AGAUUUUAUAUAAGCUACUUUCAUCAUGGGAGAAAUAGAGCAGAAGCCUACUCCCGGAUCACGGCUGGGGGCCCCUGAGAAUUCGGGGAUCAGCACCUUGGAACGUGGACAGAAGCCACCCCCGACACCGUCAGGGAAGCUCAUGUCCAUCAAAAUCCAGAUGCUGGAUGACACCCAGGAGGCAUUUGAAGUUCCGCAAAGGGCUCCGGGGAAGGUGCUGCUGGAUGCCGUGUGCAGCCACCUCAACCUUGUGGAAGGCGACUAUUUCGGCCUCGAGUUUCCUGAUCACAAGAAAAUCACGGUGUGGCUGGAUCUCCUGAAACCUAUUGUGAAACAGAUUCGAAGGCCAAAGCAUGUUGUUGUCAAGUUUGUGGUGAAAUUCUUUCCACCUGACCACACACAACUCCAAGAAGAGCUCACAAGGUACCUGUUUGCUCUGCAGGUGAAGCAGGACUUGGCUCAGGGCAGGCUGACGUGUAACGACACCAGUGCUGCUCUCCUGAUCUCACACAUUGUGCAAUCUGAGAUUGGAGACUUUGAUGAAGCUUUGGACAGAGAGCACUUAGCAAAAAAUAAGUACAUACCUCAGCAAGAUACAUUAGAAGACAAGAUUGUGGAAUUUCACCAUAACCACAUUGGACAGACACCCGCAGAGUCAGAUUUCCAGCUCCUAGAGGUGGCCCGACGGCUGGAGAUGUAUGGAAUCCGCUUACACCCUGCCCAGGACAGGGAAGGCACCAAGAUCAACCUGGCUGUCGCCAACACAGGGAUUCUAGUAUUUCAGGGUUUCACUAAGAUCAAUGCCUUCAACUGGGCCAAGGUACGGAAGCUGAGCUUCAAGAGGAAGCGCUUUCUCAUCAAGCUCCGCCCUGAUGCAAAUAGCUCAUACCAGGAUACCUUGGAAUUCCUCAUGGCCAGCCGGGAUUUCUGCAAGUCCUUCUGGAAAAUCUGUGUGGAGCAUCACGCUUUCUUUAGACUUUUUGAAGAACCCAAACCAAAGCCAAAGCCUGUCCUCUUUAGCCGAGGGUCUUCAUUUCGGUUCAGUGGUCGGACUCAGAAGCAAGUCCUCGAUUAUGUUAAAGAAGGAGGGCACAAGAAAGUGCAGUUCGAAAGAAAACACAGCAAGAUUCAUUCCAUCAGGAGCCUGAGUAUGCAGCCCACAGCACUGAAUUCAGAAGUGCCAAAACAGUCUCCACAGAACACCAGUCUUGCUUGUGGAGAUGGUGCCGAAUCGCCCAGAGCCCAGAGCUACCAGCCAACAAAGGAACUGAAAGCGUCUGUGGAAGAGCCGGGGCCGCAGCAGAGCCCUGCUGGGAGCAAGCUAGCCGACGGGGCCGCCACAGGGCCAUUGGAGGAAGAAGAAGAGGAGGAGGGCGGCCAGGACGGCCUGCAGCCGAGCAAGCCUGCGCCCCCGCAGCCGAGCACAGGCUCCGUGACAGGUAGCCCCCACCUUUCAGAGCUGUCCGUCAACUCUCAGGGAGGAGCUGUCCCCGCCAACGCCAGCUUGUCUCCAAACCUGAGUCCUGACACCAAGCAGGCCUCUCCCUUGAUCAGCCCUCUACUGAACGACCAGGCCUGCCCCAGAACUGAUGAUGAAGAAGAGGGCCGGAGAAAGCGAUUUCCAACCGACAAGGCGUACUUCAUUGCUAAAGAAGUUUCCACCACUGAGCGCACGUAUCUGAAGGAUCUGGAAGUCCUCACUUUGUGGUUCCAGAGUACCGCAAGCAAAGAUGACGCCAUGCCCGACACACUGAAAAGUCUCAUCUUCCCAAACUUCGAGCCUUUGCACAAAUUUCAUACCAAUUUCCUCAAGGAAAUCGAACAGCGACUUGCGCUGUGGGAAGGCCGCUCUAACGCCCACAUCAGAGGAGAUCACCAAAGAAUCGGGGACAUCAUGCUGAAGAAUAUCCAGGGUAUGAAGCACCUGUCGGCUCACCUGUGGAAGCACAGCGAGGCGUUGGAGGUGCUGGAGACGUCAAUCAAGAGCUCGCGGCGGCUGGAGCACUUCUGCCGAGACUUUGAGAUGCAGAAGGUGUGCUACCUGCCGCUCAACACCUUCCUCCUGCGCCCGCUGCACCGGCUCAUGCACUACAAGCAGGUGCUGGAGCGGCUGUGCAAGCACCACCCGCCCAGCCAUGCCGACUUCAGGGACUGCCGGGCCGCGCUGGCAGAGAUCACGGAGAUGGUAGCCCAGCUGCACAGUACCAUGAUCAAGAUGGAGAAUUUCCAGAAACUGCACGAGCUCAAGAAAGACUUGAUUGGCAUCGACAAUCUUGUGAUUCCAGGAAGGGAGUUCAUCCGCCUGGGCAGCCUCAGCAAGCUCUCGGGGAAGGGACUCCAGCAGCGCAUGUUCUUCUUGUUCAACGACGUGCUGCUGUACACCAGCCGGGGCCUGACGACCUCCAAUCAGUUUAAAGUCCACGGGCAGCUCCCCCUCUACGGCAUGACGGUGGAGGAGAGCGAGGAUGAGUGGGGCGUGCCCCACUGCCUGACCCUCCGCGGCCAGCGCCAGUCCAUCAUCGUGGCCGCCAGUUCCAGGGCCGAGAUGGAGAAGUGGGUGGAGGACAUCCGGAUGGCCAUCGACCUGGCCGAGAAAAGCAGCGGCCCCUCGGCCGACUUCCUCGCUAGCAGCCCUCCCGACAGCAAGUCCCCGGAGGAAGCCCCCGUGGCCGACCAGGAGUCGGAGGAUGACCUGAGCGCCUCCCGGACCUCGCUGGAGCGCCAGGCCCCGCACCGCGGGAACACCAUGGUGCACGUGUGCUGGCACCGCAACACCAGCGUCUCCAUGGUGGACUUCAGCAUCGCCGUGGAGAACCAGCUGUCCGGGAACCUGUUGAGGAAAUUCAAGAACAGCAAUGGCUGGCAGAAGCUGUGGGUGGUGUUCACAAACUUCUGCCUGUUCUUCUAUAAAUCACACCAGGACAAUCACCCCCUGGCCAGCCUGCCUCUGCUGGGGUACUCUCUCACCAUUCCCUCUGAGUCCGAGAACAUCCACAAGGACUACGUCUUCAAGCUGCAUUUCAAGUCCCACGUGUACUACUUCCGGGCCGAAAGUGAAUACACGUUUGACCGGUGGAUGGAAGUGAUCCGAAGCGCUACCAGCUCAGCCUCCAAGGCCCACAUCUUGAGUCACAAAGAGUCUCACGUGUACUGACUGCACGCGGCUGGCCGACGCAGCUGUGGCGGUUGCCCCGGAAGGCAGUGAAAUCUAGCGAAUAUUCCACAGCUGUCUGAACCAAAGGUGGUUCUACAGCAAGUCUGCCCUUUUCCCUCCCUCCCUCCCUCCGCAGAUGUCUUCUCCACCGUUAAUCUCUCAUUGGAACGGCAGCCUCCCUCCGCCAGGCCGGGGACUCGGUCAGUCCCAGCCACCGGGGGCUCUUUUCAGCUUGUGCCAGUAUUGAAUUGAAUCAUUAAGAGUGCCAAAUGCCAUCUCCCCUCCCCACUCCCACCCCGUGCAGCCUGAAUGCAGCGCGUG